AUGGACUCAUUAUUGGAGUCAGAUUGGGCAUGCCUUCCGAAGCAUUUAUUAGAUACGAUUAUGGACAAAUUGGUUUCGCUUUCGGAUUAUGUUCGUUUUGGUGCAGUCUGUAAAGAAUGGCAUGAUGUUGUAAUGGAGAACAAAGUUGAAUUCUUUCAAAAGAAGUGUUGCAAGCAAGUUCCAUUCUUGAUGGUUCCUACGGAAGAUAAUAGCGAGAAAAGACGUAGCCUAUACAGCAUUACUCACAAUAAACUAUAUGAUUUUCAGUUAAGGGUACCUUACAAAAAGAGGCUUUCUGGUUCGUCACAUGGUUGGUUGUUUACCGUGGAAGAAUCAUUUGCCUUAACCUUAAUUAACCCGUUCUCUAGUGCUACAAUUGAGCUUCCUCCGAUUAUGGACCGCUUAGAAUUCGAACAUGUUGAAGAUGAUAUUGAGACCGACGGUGUUGAAGAUGAUAUUGAGACCGACGGUGUUGAAUAUGAUAUUGAGACUGACCCCGAAUACGACUAUGAUAUUGAGUCUGGCCCCGAAGAUGACUAUUACGGUGAUGAUUGUGUUGAGUUUGAAGUUAUGAAGGCUACAUUGUCGGUUGACCCUGCUUCAUCUCCUAACAACUAUAUUGUUAGUGCGAUCUAUGGUGAAUACAGAAGAUUGGCAUUCAUUCUACCCGGAGACAAAGCUUGGACUUACAUAGAUAAAGAGAAAUUUACCGCCAUCCAAGAUGUCAUAUAUUAUAAAGGCCAGAUUUUGGCAGCUGAUUAUUUCAGCGGACUCAUAAUGGUUGAUCUUAAUAGAAGGGUUGGGGAGAGUAACCUUCCCCAAGUGAAGGUAAUUGCACCAGGGACUCAUCAGGGCGGUCAAAGACGGAUGUAUCUCGUGGAAUCAUCUAGCGAGGAUUUGCUUCUUGUAGAAAGGUAUCUAAAAUAUGGAGAUGACUCACAUCAUGCAACUACAACCUUUAAAGUUUUCAAGAUGCUUUUAGAGCAACCUGAGAAGGGUAGCCCUAAGCAGGUUGAAGUGAAGAGCUUGGGUGGAGACACCCUUUUUUUGGGAGAUAACCAUUCAAUUUGUGUUCCAGCUUCCAAAUGGCCUGGAUGUCAGCCGAAUUCCAUAUACUAUACGGAUGAUUAUAUUGACAUUAGGUUCUAUCUCCCAUAUGGGCGCCGCGACAUUGGUAUCUUCGACAUAGAAAAUGGAAGCUUUGGGACGCAUUACAUUCUUGAUCCUUCACAUAAGCAUAUGCCACCCUCAAUUUGGAUUGUGCCAACUGUGUUGGGAAAUUGA